AUGGCUGAAUUUGCGGGCACCCUCCUCUGCGCCAAGACGCCGCACACGACGCUCGCCUACACGAACCGCAUCUACCUCCAUAGUACAGACUUCGCGGCCUACAAGGGCGCCGCGCCGCCGCAGGGCACGCCAGCAGAUGAAGUUCUAUUAGCGUUAACGGGAGACAGCGGCAAAGAACUGGUCUAUUCGGCGCAAGCGAACCCUCCGGGCACGGAGAUUAAGGCGGGCACGGUGGGCCUCUCGGGGCCGCAACGCACCGCUCUCGGUUUGGAACUCAGCGCGCCGAUGCGCGCCACACCUUAUAAACCGACGAUCGACCAGCAGCUCAGUGCAGUUAGAUUAUCCUGUGCACCGUAUAGAAAAGGCCCGCUCACAAUAGACGCCCAACAACUCGCAGACCACCUGGCCAAGAAAUAUACGGGCCAGGUCUUUGUUGUUGGUCAAAAGUUCAUGUGUGCAUUAGAUCCAAAACAAUUGUUGUAUCUGACGGUCGACGGCAUGGAGUUUACACAAUCAACGGGAAGCCAUCUCGGGCAGUUACAUGGUGGAUUGACGAAAGUCCUGCCCUUCAAGGGCUGUUCGAACCCCGACUUCAAGGUCGAAAAAGAACCAGUAGAAGCGCGAGGCGUCCAACAACAAUCAUUAUUUACGUCGGACUUUGAUUUCGCGAAGCUGGGCAUUGGCGGCCUGGGGAACGAGUUCGACACGAUAUUUCGACGAGCUUUUGCCUCGAGAAUAUACCCGGCGCACAUCAUCCAGCAGAUGGGCAUUUCUCACGUGCGGGGCAUGUUGUUGUACGGCCCGCCCGGCUGCGGUAAAACUUUGAUAGCGCGGCAGAUCGGGAAAGUUUUAAACGCGCGGGAGCCCAAAAUCGUGAACGGCCCCGAAGUGUUAGACAAAUAUGUGGGAGCGUCGGAGGAGAAGAUCCGAGAACUAUUUGCGGACGCCGAGGCGGAGCAGCAGAGCGAAGGCGACCGAAGCAUGUUACAUACGAUCAUCUUCGACGAGAUGGCAUGCGUCCGUGUGAAAAUCAAUGCGAGGGCCUUCCGUGGACCUCCACGCCAUCGAGCAGAUACAAUUCUGGGGACGACGUCGCGUCGAUGGCUGAAAUUUGAUUUCCACACAGGACGCGAUCUGUAAGAGUCGAGGAAGCGUCAGAGACGGCACGGGCGUCUCCGACUCCAUCGUCAACCAGUUACUGUCGAAGAUCGACGGCGUCGACUCGCUGAAUAACAUCCUCGUGAUUGGCAUGACCAAUAGAAAGGACAUGAUCGACGAGGCGAUUCUCAGGCCGGGUCGGUUGGAGUUGCACGUCGAGAUCGGGCUGCCCGACGAGAAGGGCCGCCUCCAAAUCCUCGACAUCAAGACGGCGUCGAUGCGCAAAGCAGGAAGGCUCCAGAAAGAUGCGGUCGACGCGCUACCGGAACUCGCGGGACGCACCAAGAACUUCUCGGGUGCCGAAUUAGAAGGCCUCGUGAAGUCCGCGGCGUCCUAUGCAUUGAGAAGGUGCGUCGACGUGGCGGGCGACAACGCGAUCGACGAGGCGUCUCUGAAGGUCGAGAAACGGGACUUUGAUCAUGCGUUGGAUUCGGGAGAAGCUUGUGCGGCUUUUGGGGCCAAAGCUGCGUCAUUGGAACCGCUGUAUAGGAACGGCAUUGUUGAUUUUGGAAGGUCAUUUAGAGAGGUUGAUGACGCUCUGCGACGACUCGUGGAGCAGGUGAGAACAUCAGCCAAGACGCCGUUGAUGACCGUACUGCUCGAAGGAAGAGCACAUACAGGUAAAACAGCAUUAGCGGCUCGCACGGCCGUCACUUCUGAAUUUCCUUUUGUCCGAUUGUUAUCAGCGGAUAGUAUGAUCGGAUUCAGCGAAAGCGCCAAGUGCCAGGCCAUCCAGAAGGUGUUUCUGGACUCCUACAAGUCGCCUCUCUCGAUUAUCGUGAUUGAUGACGUCGAGCGACUCAUCGAGUACACGCCCGUGGGUCCCCGGUUCUCGAACACGGUCCUACAAACUCUAUUGGUACUACUCAAAAAAGCACCAGAUGAAGAAAACAGGAGACUACUAGUGAUAGCGACGACGUCCGUGUCGAACCAUCUCGAGGAUCUGCAACUUACGGACGCGUUUAACGUACAACUGCGGUGUCCGCAGCUCGAAGAACCCUCCGAGAUCGAGGCCGCGUUACGCCAUUUGGUGGCCGAUGCAACGCAACGGUCGAGCAUCGCCUCGGCUAUCACAAAACCGUUGGGCAUCAAGCAGCUGCUCAUGGUGCUGGAGAUGGCUCGGGGAGACCAUGGCGUCGACGCGAACGACUUCGCCGCGUGUUUGCACCAGUUCCUAGGGGUAUAACAACUUACUA